GUCUUCAAAGUCCGCUAUGGCCCUGUUCUACCUGAUCCGGACAUGCCAGAUAUCAGGUUCCACACUGCUGUCUUUGUUGAGACAGAUGCCAAUGGCGCAGGCUACAUCCACCACGUCACUGGCGAUCUCGUAUCAGGGAUGAGAUACGAAUGCGCCAUAGCUUCCAAGCCGGAGCUGGAUGACACAAGGCAGUAUCAUAGCAAAGAGCUUCUCGGAACAGCAGAGGAGUCUGAUCAUCCACAUGCCUUCACAAGAACAUGCCAAGCACUUCCUCCACCACCAAGGCAGAAGGCCUUCAGCCCCAAAACCAUGCGCACCGAACCAGUAAAACCAGACGGCACAUUCUACACCUCUGACGAAUCAAGACCCAAGCUCAUCAAAUGCACAGAAUGGACAGAAAUUCAGGCCGUACCAGCUUUAAUCUGCUCUGGCCUGAUCCAACCCGCCCAUUUCUAG